AUUAGAUUGGCGAAAGCUGACGCCUAUAAUAUUAUUAUACAUCUCAAUGUAAAUAUUUCCAAGAUAGACAAGCCACUAUCUCGUAUUCUGAACAAAUAAUGUAAUUUAACAUAUAUUAUUCUCAAGACUUCAUAUCAGUUUAACUUUGUGUCGUGGUUGUAUCUUCCUAUCGUAAAAAAUCGUGGGCUUCACACUUUAUCGAAAUGGAGAAGGAUACUACGGCAGAUAUGGAGGUUAACACCGAUGCCGAGCCAAAGAAAUCGUUUUUUGGAUUCAACAAGAACCUCAUAAUGCUCAAACUUACCCUGUUUUUUCUAUAUGGAGCUACGUCAUCCUUGAUCCCGUAUCUGACCAUCCAUAUGCAAAGCAUUGGCUUAACCAUGGAGCAAAUAGCCUGGGUGUACUUAGCUUUGCCAUUCACUACCUUUUUGGCUCCUCCUGCAACAGGCUAUAUAGUUGACAAGUUCGGAAAGUACAAGCCUGUAGUGAUAUCAUCUUUUCUUCUAACUGCACUUUUGCACCAUUCUUUGCUGUUCAUGCCACACCAAGAGACCCCAGGAACUGUUCCUGAUGGAUAUAUCAUCAGGCAUCCCAAGAAAAUGUAUGUCGAAGUAUGGUGGAGCCCUUGCCCUAGUAGGGAGUGUCCAGAUAUAGAAGAAUUGGACAUAGUUUUGGAUAUGUGCGUCGACCAUUGUCUGCUCUACGAGGCCAAGUGGUUGAAACAAAAGAAAAAUAAUCUCACUGCUGCAGGGGUUGAUGUGGGUGACAUGGAUGAUCUCAGCUUCCAUAUCAAAAAAAAGAAAAGGAAUGACACAGCAACGGCAUUGACUCUAGACAUGCAUCCCAACCUUGGAGACCCUGUGGAGCAGUUUGGAAUAGAACUAGAGUCCGCCGAGGAAGACGAGGAUGUGACAGAAUUCAAGAAGAGGUUUAGAGCUGGAAUGUUGAAAAAACAUGGCGUAGACUGGGAAGAACUAGAGGGCAAAGACCUGAGAUGUGGUGGAUUGGUCCUUCAAGCAAAUGUCAGCACAAAAGACCGCCUUUCAAACUAUACCAGUGAUUGUAUCCUGCAAAGAUGUCAGUUUAGGUCCGGUGGUCCUGAAGUUUGCCCCCCAGAUUAUAAAAAGAGCGAUGAGAGUGUUUUUUGGAUAUAUUUCGUGUUGAGAUUUCUUGGAACGACAGCAAUGUCAGCAGCCGUCACUAUCAUGGACCCCAUAGCUUUAACCAUGAUAGAAAAAUACGGAGGCGAUUUCGGAAAAGAACGUCUGUUCUCAAGUUUAGGAAUGGCAACCUUUUCGCCACUAACCGGUCUUCUUAUAGAUAAAACUAGUGAAAGGCUAGGUUACACAGACUACUCGGCAGCCUUUUACGCAUUUGAUAUUCUGCUCAUUUUUUCCUCCAUAGCUUUGUUCAUGAUGCCUUUGGGCACAAAACUCCCAGCAGACAAUAUUUUCUCAGAUUUGCUCAGAAUAUUCAAGAUGCCUCAUCUUAUAGUUUUCAUACUGUUUUUGUUUAUUCUUGGGAAUUUGUGGGGUUUCAUCGAAAGCUUUCUGUUCUUCUAUCUAAGAGAUCUAGGCGCUCCAACAUUUUUGCUUGGUAUAACAGUGACUGUAGGCACAAUCAGCAGCAUUCCUUUCUUGUAUGGGGCAGAGAACAUCACUAAGAAGAUUGGACAUGUGAAUGUUAUCAUCGUUGCAUUUUUUGCCCAAGCUGUGAGACUGAUAGGAUACUCCAAUAUUGAGAGUGCUUGGUGGUGUUUUCCCUUUGAAGCAAUGGAAGCCUUGUCCGUUCAUCUCAUGUGGGUCGCUGCAGCGACUUAUUGUACCGUUUUAGCACCCAAAAAUCUUCUUGCUACACUCAUUGGAGUCUGCGGUAUGGCCCACUAUAGCAUUGGGAGAGGAAGUGGAAGCUUCCUAGGAGGAAAUAUCAUAGCCAAAUUUGGAAUUCGGCAAUCUUUCAAGCUCAUGGGAUACGUAGCAGGAUUUUCUGGAUGUGCUUAUGCCUUUCUUCAUUGUACAUGGCUCAAACAUGUUGUUAUAGACGACGAUUAUGAUAACGAAUCAAAAGUGAAAUUGAAAAAUGGAGAACCGAAGUACAAAGAUCAGUCCACUAUGGUUAGCUUGGAAAGACUGACUUUAAUGGUGGAAUAUAACCAAAUUGGGUCACUGACGUCUCUAGGAAGGAAUCACAGUAUAAUGCGUACUAGAAGUAGUAGCAUCAGAAGAGGAAGUCUGGGCAAUAAUCCGGUUAGAACCAAGAGUUCUAAUUCUAAGACAGAUUUACUUAAAUCAGCUAUAGAAAUUACGCACGGAAAGGCAUCUAACACACACCUCAAGAUGUCGAACAACCAUAUCAGCAAGCAAAAUUCAAAGGAAUGUGUGAGCAGCACUCCUAAGCUACAUCAAAGAAGUGCCAGUCUGAUACCAGACAAGGAUUUAGAGAAACUCAUACCAAAUGAGAAGGACGAAAUUAUUUACGACCAAAUAGAAAAGACAGAAUCAACGCAUAUUGAGGAUGAAACGCAUAAUGAUGAAGAUAAACCUUAAUAUUUGCUAAAAGGAUGUCUAUUUCAUUUUGGCGAAGUAUUAUCUAAAUCUUAUUCUAUUUAUGUACUGAAUCUUCUUUUUAUAAAAGUUGAAAUAUAUAAAACAAGUAAUUAAGGAGAAAAAUAUAUCCGAUAUUUUUGUAUGGACAUUGAAAAAAUAGGACCUAUAAAGCUACAAUUGCGUGACCUUUCACCAUAUCCUUAUACUUUUGAGUUUGU